AUGUCUACUGCUACUGUGUGCACCCCCAUCAAGAGCCAUCACGGCCUCUUCUCUACAAAGACCGCUGGCGGCCGCAUCCCCCUCACUCCUUCACCCCGCGCCAGAAACGCCAGCUUCUCAGGAAAUCUAUCCAAGGAUGAUGCAUCUCCCUUCACUCCACCUCGUCAAACGGGUGAUGGUGCUCGAUCAAGCUCCCAGUCCGUCUAUGGCAAUGGCAACCUUGCCUCCCACUUCGCCAAGUCAGUGACCAAAACUCGACAGGCUUCCAAGGGUAACUACCGGGACUCCCCAAAGUCCAAUAUUGCCCGCGUCAGACAAGAGCCACGCCACCUUGAGCCCGCGGUAUCGGACUGGACUCUCACUGGAACUGGCCCAGCGCAGUCUCAGACGCCAAGCAAGAAGCGAGCAUCAAAGAAGGAGUCGACUACCACCAGGUCUAGAGCGUCAAAGCCAACUAAGACUACCGUCCGUCUCCCCCACACUGUUGCUGACAGGUUCAUUCCUAACCGCAGCACCAGCGAGGGUCUAGUCACUGCAGGCAGUGCAAAGUCCGACGGGGCUACCCAGAGACCCAAGACCAGCAGUGGUGAGGGCUCUACCGUUCUGGCAAAUGCUGCCAGCGCCUUCGAUAUCAACGGCCACAGCCGUGACGACGAUCUUGCUGAGGCGUUUGGAGAGCUUGGCAUUAACGACAACGAUAGCACCACCAGCAGCAGUGGCAGCAGCAGCUACUCACGUCCGGAUCCGGAGGCUAUUGCGUACAAGUCUUCUCUCGCUGAUGCCUGUGGUGUCUCCUUGAAAACUCGCAUCCUAGAGUUCAAGCCUGCUGCCCCUGAAUCCUCUAAACCAAUCGACCUUCGCUCGCAAUACAACCGUCCACUCAAGCACUCAACUGCGCAAACUGCUCAAUUCCGUCGACGAGUUCAGACUGCUCCUGACCGGGUUCUAGAUGCCCCAGGACUGGUUGAUGACUAUUACCUCAACCUGCUGGACUGGAGCUCCGGCAACCAGGUAGCUAUCGGUUUGGAGCGCAAUGUGUACGUCUGGUCAGCAGAUUCUGGUGGUGUAAGCAGUCUCCUUGAGUGCCCUUCAGACACAUACGUGAGCAGUGUCAAGUGGAGUGGUGAUGGAGCAUAUGUUGGUGUUGGUCUCGGAACUGGUGAAGUCCAGAUCUGGGAUGUCGAAGAAGGUACCAAGCUCCGAAGCAUGUUUGGCCAUGAAACCCGUGUCGGUGUUAUGGGCUGGAGCAAACACACACUUUCCACUGGUGCUCGAAGCGGCCUCGUCUUCAACCACGACGUCCGCAUCGCCCAGCACAAGACUGCUGAGCUCGUCUCUCACACCUCAGAAGUCUGUGGUCUCGAAUGGCGAUCUGACGGUGCCCAGUUGGCUACCGGUGGAAACGACAACCUCGUCUCAAUCUGGGACUCUCGGUCUCUAUCAGCUCCCAAGUUCACCAAGACCAACCACCGUGCUGCCGUCAAGGCCCUCAGCUGGUGCCCAUGGCAACUGAAUCUCCUUGCUACCGGCGGUGGCUCCUAUGACCGUCACAUCCACUUCUGGAACACCACCACCGGCGCCCGCACCAACAGCAUCGACACCGGUUCCCAGGUCACCAGUCUCCGAUGGAGCAACCACUACCGCGAGCUUGUCAGCUCCAGCGGCUUCCCAGACAACUCUCUGAGUAUCUGGAGCUACCCAUCUCUCGUCCGCAAUGUCGAGAUCCCAGCUCAUGAGACCCGUGUCCUCCACAGCUGCCUCAGCCCCGACGGCCAAAUGCUGGCCACCGCCGCUGCUGACGAGAGCUUGAAGUUCUGGAAGAUCUUCGAGCGCAAGCCAGGCACCGCCGCCUCGGCCACCAGAGAGGCCGGUCUCAGCAGCAAGGGAAGCAAGAUGGCAAAGCAGAUGACCAUCCGAUAG